AUGGGGGCCGCCAGGCGGCCCUGCAUCCCCUCCCACUCGCGCGAUCCCACAAUCUGCACGUCCCGCCCGCCCCCCGGGACCAUCUUGCCGUCCGCGUCCGGCAGACGGAUCUGCAACCUCGCCGCCACGUUCUUCAUCAUUUGCCGCCUCUCCACCGCAGCCGCGUCCUUGCGGCCCAGCACCACCUCCGACUUCUUGAGCACCGAGUCCCGCCAGCUCUUCCACGCCGCGAGGUCCUCCCUCUGCUUGGCCGCGUGGUACUGCGGCGUACUGCGCGCGGGCUUCCACGCGAGCUUGUCCUCGGGCAGCGCCGCGAGGUCGUACACCCGCGCCGACGUCCUCGCUGAGUACGUCCUUGCCCUCGGCGACGACGAGUGCGCGGCGCUGCUCGACAACCGACGGCGGCUUCGUGAGCGGCUCCGCCAGCCAGUCGUAGUUGUGCUGCUCCGUCGUCCUCGCGCGCCGGUUGUCCUCGCGGAGGUACCGCACGGCGGCCUGCAGGCUCGCGAUCUCGCUCUUGAGGGCGUCCAUCUCGCGCGCCGUCGCCACCGCCCGCUCCUGCCCGGCCUUGGCGCCCGCCGCGCCGGCACCGUCGGCGAACGCCUUGCUGUCGCCCGCAAUCUUCUUCCACUUGUCCCGGUCCGUCUCCAGCGUCUUGAGCUCGCGGUCCUGCUUGUCAAUGUCCUCUUGGAGGCUGGCCGCCUUCUGCUUGGCAGCCUCGAUCUGCGCCUCGAGGUCCUCGAUGCGGGAGGCCUUGGCGUUAGCGUCCUUCAUCCGCGACUCGAGCGUCUCGAUCUUGAGGUUGGCCGUGCUGAGGUUCUCGUCGCGCUGCGCAAUCGCCCGGCGGGCCUCGUUGUGCUCCUCCUUAAGGCGGCGCAACUCCUCCUCAGCGUCGACGGGAAUCGUCUUGAUUGCCUUGAGCUCCUGGGAACGGAGCUUCCACGGGGCGGGGCUGAGUUCGAACUCUUGCGUCUGGGACAGGUCCGCGCUGAGUGCCGCCAAGUCCGAGAUCUGGCUGGUGAGGGUGCGGAGCCUCGACAGGUACGUAGAGAAGAGGUCGGACUCGCUCGACAUGGUGACCUUAGUGGUGGCCUUGGAAAUGGUGUCCUGGACUUCGCGGUACGUGUAAGCCUCGCUGCGGCCCUCCUCGUGCAGAAGCGUGUGCAGGUCGAAGCCAAUCUCCCGGGCCAGAGCGGCAAGCUGGCGGGUGGCAUCCUGGCAUUGCUCAAAAGACUCCUUGGUCUCCUGCGGCAGCGCCAAGGAUCUGGACUUGAGAUCUUGCAGGGCUCGGACGGCCUUGCCAGCGAUGACCUUGGCGCUCCGAGUCUGGUUGACAACAAACUCCGACUUCUUGCUGAAGUGCUGUGCCAUCUCGUCGUCUUCGGACUCGCCAGGCACGGCUCUCUGGACCAUGGCUCUCAAGGUAGCAAACGUGGAGCCGGCAGAGUCCAAAUGGCUCUGCAUGACAACAGUCUGCAUGUGCACCUCGGCAAGAUGAGACAUGAGCGCGAUCGUGCGCUGGAGUUCGUCCGCGCACUUUUGCUCCUUGAGUUCGUCCCGGCGCAAACCGUCGAUCCAUCCAUUCAAUGCCCGCUCUACAGGCUCCAGCUCGAACAGGGCGUUCUGGAACCGCUGGAACUGCUCAAUCGAGCAGUGACUGAUGGCGUUGGUGAACCGUCCGCACAUGGACGCGACCCACGUGAGCUUAUCAAUGGCGUCGCAACCGGCGAAGAUGUCGUCCUCGUGGCCGGGGAGCUCCGCCUUGAAAGCGAGCCUUCUGAAUCUCAGCAGAGCGAGCACAGAAUCUUGGUCCUCCUUGUGCUGCUCGGCUUCUUGAGCCUCCAGUCGUCGCAACUCCAGGUCAAUGGUCUUGACUUGGGCCUUGGAAGCGGAGAUCUGGAGCUUCAUGUUCAGGUCCAUCAUGGCGCGGGACUUGCUGUUGAGCUGCUCGGACUCGGUCUCGGUGACAGCGUGCGACGCCCGCAUGUCCUCGAGGUCGCUCUGCAGGCUGGUGACCAGGCCUCUGAAGCGGGACAAAGUGUACUCCAUGUCCUCCAAGGCCUCUUCCUGCUCGCCUGCCCGUCGGGCCUGCUCAGUGAUGACGCUAUCCUUGAAGUCGAGCUCCUCCUGCAUCUCCUUUUCGUUCUGGACGUGAUUGAUCUCCAGUUCGUCGUUGAUCUCCUUGAGAUUCUCCAGAUCCUCGAUGACGGCCUUGAGUUCCUCAAUCUGCUCAGACAUGCUCAUGUUCCGCUCAGUGAGUUCUUCAAUCAUGUCCUCGGCACCCAGAGCGUUGUCCAGCUGCUGUCGGAGGUCCUCAACGGCUGCCUCAGACUGGGCCAACUUGUCCUUCGCCACAUCAAACUGCUCCUUGACGGCGCCAAACUCUUUCAGGUCGUCCUCCAGGGUCUUAAUCUGGUCCUUCAGUUCCUCCUCUUGCUGCUGUGUCAGGUCACGCAGCCGCAGUAG